AUGAAGUAAACUAUAUCUUUUCCGUUUCUGAUAGUAAUAUGUUUUGAAAUUCAAACAUAUUUGUGCUGGAGCAUUACAAUAUUACCGACAUUUUAUUCAUAUAAAUAAUUUGAAGUAAAAUAAUCGAAUAGUCUUGAUGGAGAAAGUGCAUGUUUUGGAGUUUGGAGUAAAUAUGUUCCUUUGAGUAAUAUUGUCUAAACAGGAGAAUACGGAAUACUUUAUAGUAGCUGCUUUCAUUAAUUUAGAAUUUAAAAAAAAGUAGAUAGCAAUGUAUAUUUUUUAUAUUUUGAAUGCAUAAGUUUUGAGGAAAAAAUGGUUAAGAAAUACUUUUAAUUUUUAGAUAGUGAUAAUAGAGUUACAACUGAAUAAAUUUCAAUCGAUUUAAUUUCAUAUGAAGGUGUUCGGUAUUUCAAUGGAUUCUUGGCAAGUCCUUUAGAAAAAAGAGUAACUAUAUAUAUUUAGGAUUAAUAAAUGAAUUAAAUAUUUUCCAAAGAUGUAUAAAUUAGGUUUCCAUUUCAAGAAAAUAUUUUUACUUAAAUUAUUGGUGGAGAUUUUAAAGUAGAACAGACAUCAAAAUUUUAUUUAUUUGAAAAUAAGAUACUAUCGUAUUUUCCAGGAUAAAUAUAUUAUCUCUAAAAUUGUUUUUAUGAUAUACCUGAUUAAUUUUUUGAAUUAAUCUAAUCAAGACAAUAAAAACCAUGUAAUUGCAAAAAUAAUUAAAUAACAGAUUUACCACAUGUUAAAAUCUAAAAUUAAGAUAUAUAUGAAUUUUUAUCCUAAAACACUAAUUGUUAAUAAUUUCAUUUAGCAGGAUGGAUAAAAAAUUUAGAAAUUAAUAAAAUCUCCAAUGAAUUUUAGUUUUUGUUAUUUAAAUUAAUGGGUAAUUUUUAGCAUCCUUAACUAAUUUAAGAAAAUUUAUGUGCAUUUUAAUUAUUAUACAAAUUAUCAACUUAAAUAAAUUAAAUCAUUUUAACUACUUAUAGCUAUACUUUGCCUGUUGUAAAUAUUGAUUUUUCAACCAAUCCUUAUUUAAAGAAAGUUGAAUUUGAUGUGACCAAUGAUAUUUAAUUGUGGCAUUACAUUCUUGUUGAAAAAUCAGAUUAAUUUAUUUCAAUUACUAUUACAUUUUAUUAGGGAUAAACUUAAGAAAAAUUUAGCCUUACUUAAGAAGUAGUUUAAUUCUAAAUGGUAUAAUUUAAAUUAAUAUAUGGAAAUAUUUUUUAAUCAAAAUCUAACUAUUUAACUCUUCAACUUGUAGGAUUUUAAUGAUUUAAUUGCCCUGAUUUUAAUAAUCUGUAGAUAAGUUGUCAUCCAACAUGCAAAGAAUUUGAUGGUCCAACAAAAGAUGAUUGUUUAUCAUGUUAUGAAUUUUCAAAUAGAAGAUAUGUAUCAGAAUUUAAAGUUUGUAUAUGUGAAUAUGGAACUAUUGAUUAGAAUAAUGAGUGUGUUAAUUAUUAAACAUUAUAACUAAAUAAAAUUGAAGUCUAGUAAUUUAAUAAAUAAUGUAAAUAUGGGUUUUUUGAAAUUAAUGAUGAUUGCUUUAAAUGGUAUCAAUAAUUACAAAUAAUGUAAUAACAUGUUUAGAAUGUAUUUUUAAUCCAAAAUCAUGGAUUCAUACUCUCCUUUGUUAAACAUCUUUACUUGUUCACUAGGAUGGAAGUGUUACUAAAUAUUUUGAAGAUGAAAAUUUGUAAUACUUAUUUGCAGGAGAUGAAUUAAUAUACUGUCCUAAUUGUGAUUUGAAUGUGAAAGCACCAUACGAUUUAAUUGAAGCAUCAUUAAUAGUCAAAAAUUUAUGCUCUGUCAGUCAAUCGAUAAAUGAAAAUUGUUAUUUGUGCAUAAAUGAUUGUAAGAAAUGCGCGAUUUUACCAACAACAGAAUUAUGUUUAGAUAGGACUCCAAAUGCGAGUUUUGCCAAUAAUACUUGUUAUGCUCCAAAUUAUUUAAAUUUUUAUAAGAAGUGUGUAACUUGUAAACUAGAAAAUUGUUAAUAUUGUUUUGAUUAUUUAGCUAGUGAUCCAACAAAAUCUACACUUGAAAAUUUAGAAAGUUUUUCACUUAAUGAUGAGGAGAUAAAAUUAGGAUGUGCUUAGUGCAGAGAGGGAUAUAUAUUUGAAUUUACUACAUCAACUUGUAUCAACUAAAAACCGACUUAAUAAAAUUGCCUCAGAUCUUAUAUUAAUCUUGAAGAAAGAGAGAUUUGCACACUAUCAAAUGAUUUCACUUUAUCUUUCGAAAAAAUAAAUUGUCAAGACCUUAUUCUACAUUGUAAAUAAUGUAUCAAAACUAUAUAAACAACAAUAAAAUGUUUAAUUUGUGAAGAUGGUUAUAUUGUGUCUUCUAUAACAGGAGUUUGCAGCAUUUGUCCUAUUUUUAAUUCAAAAUAAUGCUAAUAAGAUAAUUUAUUAGAACCAGGGAAAUGGUAAUUUCAAGGUUUUGUAAUUUAAUUCUUGCCACCUAAAACUAGAAUAAAUUAUGAUAUAUCUAGACCAAAUACAAUAGUAAUUGAGUGUCUUCAAGGAUAUCGAAUUUUAGAAAAUGAAUGCUAACAAUAUUGUGAUGAAUUUUGUUCAGUAUGUGAGACAGUAAAAUAGUUACCAUUUUCCAAAUUUUAGUGUUCUCAAUGCAAGAGAAAUUAUUAUAAAGAACUAAUUAGAGUAUAAGCUGAUAGAAAAUGCAUAGAAUGCCCUUCAUUAUGUUAAGUUUGCUUGAAUAGAUCUACUAAUGAAAUUAAUGUAUUAGAAAUAAUUAUAAUAGCAAAUAAAUCCUUAUUUUAUAUAAAAUACAGAAAAACUCCAUUUAUACUUUUAGAUGUAUCUAAAAAGUUCCAUUUGAAAGCAAAAUUCAUAUUGAUCCAAUCUUAGCAAUUGCUUAAUAUUGUUAUUAAGAUAAUUGUAACUAUAAAUUAGAAUUUAUUUAUGUAUUAUUAUAUUAAAUAACUUAGGAUGAAGUAGAAUGCUUUAAUAUAAACGAUUUCAAAUAUAUUUAGUAUAAUUAUAAAUAUUUAAAUGAAAUUGGACUCAAAUACAUCCCUAUCACAAUAAAUUUAGAACUCUACUGUAAUUUCGGAAGAAUAGAAUACAUAUUAAUGAACUCUUUUAAGGAAAAUAUAAUUUCUAUAAGAUUAAGCGAAUUAAUUAUUAAGGGUAGUAUAAAUCCUAUAAUUUUUAAUAACAAAGUUAUUUUUUAAGUCUAAAAAUAUGAUUAAAUUGUAAUAAGUAAUGCUAUUUUUUUAAUAUUAUUUUAAAUCGAAAUGAUAUUGAGAAAUAGAGGUUAAUCAAUUAAUUUUUACAUUUUAAAUACAAAGUUUUAUUCUAACUAAAGUUAUCCUAUAAUAAUAUCUAUUAAUGCAGAUAGUUUUCAAUAAUUUAAUAUGUAAAAUUUUACAAUUUCAGAUAUAAGCAUUGGAAAUUCAAUAAUUUUUGAUAUAUUUUGUGAAGGUUUGAAUGAAGAUAUUACGAUUAACAAUAUAAAACUUUAGGAUUGUAAAAUUAUAAAUUCAACAUUAUUUUAUUUUUAGAAUGUAAAUAGAAACAUUUUUAUCAAGAAUUUUACAAUUGAUUCUUGUAUUUUUAUUUUUAAAAUGAAUUAAAAUAGUAUAUCUAAUGUAUUCUUAAAUGAAUUAGUAAUAUCAAAUUGUUUAUUCUAAAAUUCAAAACUAAUAUAUAGCUUGGAUACAACCACUUUAAAUAUUAAUAAUUUAUCAAUUAUCAAUAAUUAGAUCUUAAGUUCUUAAUUUAUAGUAUUUAAUUAUAACUUUUAUUGUAAUGAUAUUAUGAUAAUUGAUAAUUAUUUUCUUUAGCUUUAAUUAAUCGCAUAAAUCUAAUCAAUACAAUCAAUCAUAGAAAUUUAGAUGAAAAACUUAUAUAUAAAAAACAAUCAUCUAACAAAUUUUUCAGUAUUUAUUACAUAACAAAAAUAAUUAUUUAAUAAUAUUGACUUUUUAUUAUUAAAUUUUAAUUUUGAAGAUAAUACUCCUUCUUAUAAGAACGAAAAUAUUCUUAUUACAAUAAACUGUGUUACUUUAUUAAUUAAAAAUUUUUUUCUAAAAAAUACAACAAAUUUUCGUUUCUUAUUUUUAUUAGAUAUACCUUAUAUACAAAUUGAUAAUUAGUGUAUGAUAAUUUAAUUCAGGAAUAUAAAGUGCCUUAUUAAAUUGAUUGCUUAAGAAUUUGUAUUCCUUAGUCAUAAUUAUUGUAAAUUUUUGGGUUUAAUAGAGUUAUUAUUUAGAAUAUACAAGUAAAAAGUUAAUUUAGUGUAGAUUUAUCAUUGGUAUCAAUUUAUUCUAAUCCUUUGAAUACAUCUAAUCAAAAUGAAUACAUAUAUAUAAAACAUUCUAUAAUGAAGGGAAACAUUUUAUUAAAAUAGAAUUUAGGCAUACUUUUUUCUUUAAUGGAAUUUUACUCAAAAAAUUAAUUAUAUAUAGCAAUUACUAAGUUAACUUUUGAAGAAAAUAUUUUCCAUUAAUACUAGACAGAUCCCUCUUAAACUUAAGCUAGCUUGAUGUAUUUUGAUACAAAAUAAAGUAUUAUAAUUCUGAAAGACAUUUUAUGCAUUUAUAAUUCUUUGACAAAUUCUACCUAAUCAUUUCUUUCAAUAUCCUCUGAUGAAGUCUAAUUAGAAAAUAUUACUGUCUUAAAUCAUAAUUGGCUAAACAAAGAAUUUUGGAUAAAAUAUUAUGAUAUUCUAUUCUAAGGAGAAUACAAUGAGAAUGAAAUUUCUUAUGCAAUUUAAUAAUCUUUUAAGAUAUAGAAUAUUGGAGGUAUUUUCUCAAUGUUUGUUACCAAAUUUACAAUCAAUAAAGGAUUCUUUAGUUAUAUUUAAGCCGAAAGCAAUUCAAUAUUUAACAUUUAUUUAUAAGGUGAAGGGAUAGGUAUCAUCAAAAAUUGUAGCAUAAUUCAUGCGUAAAAUUCACUAAUUUCAAAUUAUGAAAAUGAUGGAGCUAUUACCAUAAAUGGCAGGAAAAGUUUAUUAAAAAUAAUACUUGAAAAUAUUACUUUGGAACAUGUAUAUAAUAAACUAUUAUAAUCUUUCUUUUUAAUAUAUCCAUCAUUGAAAUAAAAUAAUAUUAAAUUUUUAAAUAUCAUUGUUAAAAAUUGCUUUUCUCUUGUUAAUUCAAUAAUUAAUUUUUAAUCUGAAUUUUAAAAUGCAGAUAAGAAUAAAAUUUAUAUAGAAAAUCUUAACAUUGUUUAAAAUGAAUAAGCUUUACUUAUAUUCCUUCACUCUAUUGGAAAAAUUAGUUCAUUAGAAUUUCAAAAAGUUAUUGAUGACAAUGCAAUGAUGAAUUUCUUAGGAUGCCAAAUUUAGUUAAUAGGAUUAUGA